GUGCAAAAGGCAGCAAAAAAAGUUUUCCGGAGAUUGCGUUAAAUUUGGAUUUACCUUCAUAGAAAAAGACGAGUUAUAAUCGCCUCAGUGUGUGAUAUGUAUGAACGUUUUAAGUACCGAUAGCAUGAGGCCCAAUCGCCUUGAAAGGCAUUUGAAGCAACAAUAUCCUACUCUGGUUUUGAAGACGAAAGAGUUUUUUUCCUCUACAGCAGAAUCACUCAAGCGAAUGAGACUGGAUGAAUCGGGAAGUUAUCACACAGCAUCAAUUGAAAUAGCUUUUAUGAUAGCAACGCAAAAGAAACCUCAUACUAUCGGUGAAGAAGUAAUAAAAACCAUGUGUCCUAAACGCCACGCAGGUAAUUUUAGGAGAAGAUGCAGUGCAAAAAAUGAAGUCUAUUUAUCUUUCAAAUAACACAGUCAAGCGUAGAAUCGAUGACAUUUCAGCAGACAAAGUCACAAAUAAUUAACAGAGUACAAUUUUUUGACAUUAGUUGCGAUG